AGAGUUAUUCAAACAGAAAAGCUGAAUCCCUCGUUGUCAUUCUUUUUUCGGUAUUCCUCUUCACGCGCUCCCUCUCCUUCGUUCUUCUACUCGCUGUUUCUGCAUCUGUUUCGUCUCACAUACCGGAAAGUCUCUGAAACAUGUCUGGGGAAGAGGAAGAAAACGCCGCAGAGCUCAAAAUUGGAGAUGAGUUUUUGAAGGCAAAGUGCUUAAUGAACUGUGAAGUUUCAUUGAUUCUUGAGCACAAGUACGAGCAACUUCAACAGACAUCUGAUGAUCCCAUGAAUCAAGUUUCUCAGGUAUUUGAAAAGUCCUUGCAGUAUGUGAAGCGAUUCAGCCGCUAUAAAAAUCCAGAUGCUGUUAGACAAGUUCGAGAAAUACUUGCAAGAUAUCAAUUGGCUGAGUUUGAGUUGUGUGUCCUUGGCAACCUUUGCCCAGAAACUGUGGAGGAAGCCAUUGCUAUGGUUCCAUCUAUCAAGACAAGAGGACGGGCUCAGGAUGAUGAAGCAAUUGAGAAAAUGCUGAAUGACUUGUCAUUGAUUAAGAAAUUUGAAUAAAUAUUUCUUACAGUGGGUGUAUGAUAUAACGUUACUAAAUAAGUUUAUGUAAUAUGAUGGAGUGCAAUCUUGCAAAAACUCCAUCUAAGUAAAAUAUAAAACGGAUAAGGAGUAAAAACAAGGCUUCUGUUGAUGGAAUAACUUUGUUCCGGCAUAUCGUUGGUAGCUUGAGGUUUAUUUGUCACAGACCAAAAAUUGAUCUUAAUGUUGGACUUGUUAGUAGAUUCAUGAAUGAUCCUAAACAAUCACAUCUCUUAGCUACUUAGAGAAUUAUGAGAUAUCUAAAAGAGAACUCUUGGAUAUGGAAUUAUUUUCCCUCAUCAAUGAUAAUUUUCUAAAUCUUUA